CGUCGUCAUGCAGGUCCCGGCGACUCCCACGGCUCCCGAUCCCAAACUCUCUUCUUUGCCCGGUCCGGCCGUCAUCCGCCCUGGCUGAUGACUGAUUAUAUUAUACAAAGUCGGUUUCUUGGCCCUAGCCUCAUUUCUUUCUUUCCCUCUGCGCUGUACAACAGCUGUUCCAUCCCAACUGCAACGCGCCCAUCUCGCAUCCACAUCCCCACCCAUCGCUAUCGAUAACCGUCCCACAAGCCUCGGCGCAUCGCCACGCCCUCAGCCUUCAAACUGUCGUCCUCGCCCACAUCUCGCCACGAGUUGGCGUCGCUCCAAGACAUGGACUCCCAUCAGGGCGUCUAUGACGAUGAAGGCGCCCCUCCGCCCAUUUAUCGCGAUGAUGGAAACGCCAGUCUCCAUUCCAACGAGUCGGCCGAGCUUAUUGCGGCGUCCGAGGCCUCUGCUCAGGAGUACUACAGCCCACUGCAACAGUCUUACAUGAGCAAAUACUUACCUCCACAACUGCAACGCAUAUGGCACAGUACUGUCGUUUGGGUCAAGGGCCCACAGCCGCCGCGACCCUGGAAGAUCCGCCCAUUCUUUCCACAUGUCCAAGCUGCGCCCAUUCGCCUCUUGAACAACUAUUUCCCAAAGAGGAAACAGAAGAUUGCCCUGCUCGUCUUCUUCUAUUUUUGCUGGAUCCUGACUUUUGGCCUCGUUCUGCAUCGUAGUGCCUUUGCAGCAGACAUACCAGGCUACGGCAGCCCAGUGCGCGUGCGGUGCACAGAUCGCUUUUGGAGCGACGGCAAUGGCUGCGGCCUCAAUGGCGAUCUGUGCCGGCCCUUUGAGAACAGCACCAUGCCUUUUCGUUGCCCCGCAAAUUGCAAGCGCGUGCAGUUGAUCUAUCCCCAUGCUGUUGGAGACCAGUUGGUCAACUAUCGUCCACUCGUCGUAGGCGGGCCUACAGACGACGAGGAAACGCUCGAAAACACUUAUUACCGUGCCGACUCUUUCAUUUGCGCUGCUGCCAUCCAUGCUGGAUUCAUCAACGACGCUUCAGGUGGAUGCGGUGUGGUUGCUCAGAUUGGCGAAAAAACUGACUAUCCCAGCGUUGACCGCAAGCACAUCAAGAGCACUGGUUUCGAUUCCUACUUUCCACGCUCCUUUUCCUUCCUCUCCGGAACUGCGACAAAGUGCCGCGACUUGCGAUGGCCCCUGCUCGGCGUUUCCUUGACAUUCACUAUUCUCUUGUCCCUCUUUACCACAUCACCACCUGUAUUCUUCACUUCAAUAUUCCUAGGCGUCUUCGUCCACGUUGCGCUUGCUUCGGACCCACCGAAUCUGACAGACUACUAUGCUAUUGUCAGUAUAAUGCUCGCGCGCCUGCUCCCGGCAUGCUUUUGUAUGUAUGCCGUCUACCAAUUCGCCGUACGUCGCCAGCUUGAGGGCCUGGACGCGCACAUAGAGAAGACGAUUCUCUGGCUGGGAGGGUGCUGGAUAGGCGCUCUGAACAAUUACACCUUUGACAAGAUUCCUAUUGAGCGCCUCACUCCGCACGAUAUCCAGAACCAGCCCGGCGCCAUCCCCGCCCUUAUCAUCAUUGUUCUGGCCCUAUUCUUGAUUGCUCUUGGCCAAGCCUGGGCUUUCAGGGUUGAGGGUCGUCUUCCUCGCUACCUUGCCAUUUACGGCAUCUUAGUCGCAGGCAUACUUACACUUGUCGCGAUACCCAAGAUGAACGUCAGGAUUCAUCAUUACAUCCUUGGCCUUCUUCUUGUUGCAGGCACAUCUAUGCAAACCCGGCCCUCCCUUCUCUAUCAAGGUAUCCUUAUUGGUCUGUUCAUCAAUGGCGUUGCGCGCUGGGGCUUUGCUAGCAUCUUGGAAACACCUAGCGCUCUUCGUGGUGACGCGCCCAGCGGUACCCCUCUCCCUAUUAUUACAGCCCCAGUCAUUCAUAACAAUGUGAAUGUAGCUCACAUCAAGCCCAACAUAACUUUUGACUGGCAGUAUCCAUUCCCCACGCCCUAUGAAGGCAUGAGCGUCUUAGUCAAUGACGUGGAAAGAUACCACGAGUUUACAGACAGGAUGGAGGACAGUUGGACCUGGACUCGGCACAUGGAAGGUGUAAAUGAGUACUUUCGCUUUGCAUACUUGAGCGGUGGCCAACGAGGUGAUUAUACAAAGGCUGGGGUUUGGAGGGCAGAUGGUGGGUGGACAGAGAUGGAGCCAGGGCCAUCAUGAUGUUUUUUUAGACAUGUUAGAAGAAAUUGGAUACGUGGUUGUACGCAUGCAUUGUGAGAGGGAAGCAUUCAUUUGUCAUCGAAGUAGCCCAGCAGACUGAAGUAGAAACUUGCUCGAAGCAAUUGGGUGAGUCGGCCGAGAGGGGUACAUUUAGUCAGCUGUAAUAGGUUUAGCAAGGAAGAUGCUUCCCGGUACACAACCAUGUCGUCAAUCCUAGCUGAUUGCAAGGAAUGUAUUACGAUCCGCU